GUUGCAUAGCAGUCUCUGUUCGGGUUUCAAGAGCAGCACACAAUCACCCGUUAGUGCUCGAGGAUAGUUCAUCUUCACCAUGAAGCUCGCUGUCCUCACCUUUGCGGCCUUCGUGGCAUCAGCGGCCGCAGGCGGAUUUGAUGAAGGAGCACUAAGUGCCGUGCAUGCCAUCCACGCUGGUGGAGGUCACGGAGGUGUUCACCUCGGCGGCGGGGGCUACGGAGGAGGCUUCGGCCACGGUUUCGGCGGUGGUUUCGGCGGCGGUUUCGGCGGCGGUUUCGGAGGAGGUGGCGGUCAUGGCAUCCAUGGUGGUACCAGUAUUGUUAAAGUUGGCUUGGCCAAGAAACCCGUCGUUCACUUCGGUUAUGCACCAAAGAAGGUAGUGAAGUUCGUGAAGUAUCCAGUGAAGACUGUAGGAGUUGGUGUCCGACCAGUCUUGACAUACAAGACACAGCAUACCAAAGUGGGUCAUCCAUUCGUAGGACAUGCACACGGCGGUCACGGUCAUGGUCAUGGUCAUGGUUUUGGCCACGGCUUUGGCCAUGGUCACGGAUACGGCCACGGACAUGGACACGGCCACGGACACAGUCUUGGUCACUUCCUCACUGUCGGCCUAAGCAAAGACCACGGAAUCAAGCUGGGUCUUUACAAGGGCGGAGGCCAUGGUGGCGGCCUUGGCUUUGGCCUCUUGCACGGAGGAGGAUACGGAGGAGGACACGGAGGAGGACACGGUGGCUGGUGGUGAACGUUGCCGUCUAUUUCGUUAGGACCAUGAAACAUUCUCAUCCUCACCGGUGGAGGCCAACACCAUUUGUAUAUAACAUCGUUCAUCUUGUCAUCCAUAAUAUAGACUGAUAUGUUUCAAGUAUAAAUGAAUAAAAAAAUGAC